UAGAACUCUGUUGCCAUCUCCGUGCCGUUCACCCUCCCAGGGCCAUGGGCAAGCUUUAAGGCUACACCAUGAAUGACCAGUACCACCGUGCAUCCAGAGACGGCUAUCUGGACCUGCUGAAAGAAGCCACCAAGAAGGACUUAAAUUCCCCUGAUGAAGAUGGCAUGACCCCAACCCUGUGGGCUGCCUACCAUGGCAACCUGGAUGCCUUAAGGCUGAUAGUUAGCAGAGGGGGUGAUCCAGACAAAUGUGAUAUCUGGGGGAACACACCUCUUCACCUGGCAGCAGCCAAUGGCCACCUGAAUUGCCUCUCCUUCCUAGUGUCUUUUGGGGCCAAUAUCUGGUGUCUGGACAAUGACUACCACACACCACUGGACAUGGCAGCCAUGAAGGGUCACAUGGAGUGUGUGCGUUACUUGGACUCCAUUGCUGCUAAGCAAAGCAGCCUCAACCCUAAGCUGGUGAGCAAGUUGAAGGACAAAGCCUUUAAAGAUGCAGAGAAACGUAUUAAGGACUGUGUAAAGAUGCAGAAAAAACACCACGAAAGGAUGGAGAAGCGAUACAAGAAAGAGAUGUCUGACCGCUCAGACACAAUGAGUUUCUCCAGUUACUCCAGUAGCACAUUGAGCAGGAGGCUUCAACACAUGUCUAUGAUGAAUUCCUUGCCUUACUCACAGGCCACCUUACAGGGCACAGCCAAGGGCAAGACAAAAAUCCAGAAGAAACUAGAGAAGAAGAAACAGGUGGAUGGCACAUUCAAAAUUUAUGAGGAUGGGAGGAAAAGUGUGAGGUCCUUGUGUGGCUUACAGUUGGGCAACGAUGUCAUGUUUGUGAAACAAGGCACCUAUGUUAGCCCAAAGGAAUGGACCCGGCGAAAUGUUAGGGAUAUGUUCCUGUGUGACGAAGAUACUGUCUCCCGUGCCAUAAGUGAUCCAGGUUUGCACCUGGACUCCACCCAUUCUGAGGUCAGUACUGAUUCUGGCCAUGACUCUCUAUUCAAUCGGCCUGGACUUGGUACCAUGGUAUUCCGGAGGAACUAUGUCAGUAGUGGACUAUUUGGGAUUGGUCAAAGUGAUCCCAGUAUUUUGGGGGAAGACAAUACAGACAGGAUGAGUGUUAAGCUUCACAGCCACCUUCAACGCUCGCCAAGUCUCAACGACAGUAUUGGCAGUGCCAACAGUCUUCAGGAGAGGAAUCUGGAGGACUUGCCCUGGGAUGAAGUGGAACUGGGUCUGGAUGAUGACAUUGAACCUGACACCAGCCCUCUGGAGACUUUCCUGGCUUCUCUGAAUAUGUUUGAGUUUAUUUCUAUCCUCAAGAAGGAGAAGAUAGAUCUGGAAGCUCUGAUGUUGUGUUCAGACAAUGAUCUGAAAAGUAUCAACAUUCCCCUGGGGCCCAGGAAAAAGAUUCUGGAUGCAGUUCAAAGAAGGAAACAGACUUUGGACAACCCUGAUGUCAUAGAAGACACGGAUCUGUAAGCAA